UAAGCUGCACCAGCUUGUUAUAAGAAAAUCACUUCGAUUCACAAGGAAACGUAUCGAUAUGGAGUAAUUAAACGGCUGCACAAUAAAUUUACAUCGAACCAAAAAAGGUGAAGAAAAAUAAAUGAAGGUAAAAGGAGAGUAAGGAGGUGACAAAAGAAAAAGACUAAGGAGCAAAAGUACCUUAUUUUAGCUGGGAAUGAUUCUAAACUGAUCCGAAGCCAACAAAAAAAAGCGGAAGAUCAUGCAAACUUGCACUUAAAAGCUGGUUUUUGCCUCAUUCUCUUCCUUCUAUUAAGUCCACGCUUCAUGCUAUUGCUUCCUGUCUCUUUCUCUUUCUCAUGACCCCUUCAUGGAUUCCUCGCACACCAACACCACUUUGCUCACCAACCUACUAGUCUUCAACAACACCCUCCAACCAGAGUUGAUGAGGAGCGUGCAUGUGUACCGCCGAGGGGGUGGAGAGAAAAGGGAAGUUGAGAGAGAGUUUGUGUUUUCAGAGAGUGGCUCCUAUGUGGAAAUGCAGGCUACCCCAAUUCCUGGAUUGGUGAAAUCUCGUGUUUCUGAAGUGUGUGAAGGGCACCGGAAUGGAGUGUGGCUUUGUGUCUUUGCGUUUCAUGCCGAUCACACUCCUCAAUUUUGCCGCAUUCCACGGCUUUUGUUGGUUACAAGAAACCCAAAGCUUAAGAUGAUUCCAAACUUGCUUGAUGAUCUCCACAUGAUAUACAAGUUGAACCGGAAGGAGGAAGACAGAGAUAUAGCCCAAGACUCUACAGGAGAAGAAAGGCAAGGACACAGCAACAAUUUCCAACCAUCACGAAAAGUCUUUCCCGUUCUUGAUCAGGAUCUCAAUUUUCUUCCUUAUGAAGACUAUGAGUCUGAGUCACCGGACAAUGAGACAGAUGUUGAAAGCUCACCAGGUUUUCUAGUGAAGAAAAAGAGGGCACCCAGUGAUCUUGUAGCAAAAAUUUCUUUAUCAGAUUUGGUGAAGUACUUUGGUAUGCCAAUUGUAGAAGCAUCAAGAAAUCUAAAUGUUGGGCUUACUGUUCUAAAGAGAAAGUGCAGAGAAUUUGGUAUUCCCCGCUGGCCUCAUAGGAAGAUCAAAUCACUUGACAGUCUCAUUCAUGAUCUUCAGGAAGAGGCAAAGAACCAAGAAUUGGAGGACAGGGAAGCAGCUAUGGCCGUGGCAAAGAGGCAAAGGAUGUUGGAGAGUGAAAAGGAAAACAUAGAGAAGAAACCCUUCAUGGACAUAAAAAUUGAGACCAAGAGAUUCAGGCAAGAUGUUUUCAAGAGAAGACACAGAGCUAGAGCUGUUGAAAAACACAAUUCUACAGUAUCCAGCACAUAGCACCUUUUUUUAAAGAGCAACAAAAAAAAAAUAGUUUGCAAGUUGUAGAAUGGACAUGGAAUGAAAAAACCUAUACACACCUCUUUUGAUUGGUCAUCUUGAUCUUCAUAGAUUUACUUUUGACUUAUAUAUGGAUUGCAAUAUCUAAAGGCAACUUAAUUAUAGCGUCUAAAAUGCUCAA